AUGAGUCCACCAAAAAUCGAAGAGAUAGAUAAUCACAGCGAUACCAAUGUGACUGUUUCUAAACCCAAAAAGAAUCCAUUUGCAACUCGUCCUAAGAAAGUCACAGUGAAAAGAACAGUGGACGAAGCGUACCCACAAAGAAAAGGUCUUAACAAACCCCAAUUCAAACCAACAAAACCCAUUGACAUUUUAUUUGACAAAUUACAGAAACAAAUCGAUUUACCUUAUGAUAAGUUAAACAUUGAUGAACUUUAUAAUCGUUUUCAGUUAUCCGGACCAGAUGAUCUGUUAGUUAAACGUUAUGUAGUUGUGGAAAGAUUGUUGGACGAAUUAUUGGAAAUCCAAAGACUUUCAAUGAAUGUACCGCAAACUGAUGACAAAAACUUGAUGGCAAUAUCCUUGCAUGAUAUUAAAACGUUUAGUAAGUUGGUCAAUUUGAUUAUCAUCCACGGUAUUUACCCGCCUUUGAAUGUCUUCCGAAUUGGAGUUGAAUUUGAAAAAAGACAAUUGAAGAAUAUUUCAGAUAGCAAGAAAACUAUCAAACUUGAUACACUCCCGCGAGAUAAUAUAGAAUAUAUUGAAAAGCUUUUAGUAUUGGUUUAUGACAAGUUCAGUCGAUUAUUUCUGUACAAGUCCGAUGUUGCUGACUUACUAUUUAAAGGAACUGGAUUCACGGACUUUUUAAUCGUUGCCAUGACGUUAAUCACCGUUCCCAAUUUCAAUUCAAGUCAUAUUGACAUUUCCAAAGUUGAAAGUCUUGCGUCUACAUUUGAAUUAUUUCAAAUAUACACAUUAAUUAUGGCCUCAUCCUCACCACAGCAGUUCAAGAGAUUUGUCAUGUCUCGUUUGGAGUUGCUUCAUUAUUCAAGAAGUGAUGGUUUAUUGACAUUGGUGGAAUUUGUGCUUGGACUUAGAGACCAAGAGGAAAUUAAUAUCGAAAAGUUUGAGCAUGUGUCAAACGUAGUCUUGCUGAAGCCAAAAAGCGUGGACGCAAGAAGUUACUUUACAUCAGUUGGAGCCCAGAUAUACAAUCUAUUGAUCAAUAUUAAUAGACCCACAAUCACAUCAUGUGUGUCAUUUGUGUUGGAAAAACUAUGGCAAAGGAACAAACUGGUAGCAAGUGACUUUGUAUUGAAAAAGAUCUGGGAGAACUUCAAUCCUUCACCCCGGGAAGUGGAAAUUUUGGUGACAGAAGCCGACCUUAACAAUAGUAUCAAUGUCAUACUUUCAUUAACCAAAAAGGGAAUGGAACCAGAUUUAUAUCAGGCUGUCAUAGAACCCAUAAUUUUACCUCUCUGGGGAUAUUAUCUAUUCCUAAAACAGAACAAAAAGCCAUUUGGAAUAAUUUCAGAUAUUCUUACGAGUUAUUUUACUAUAAUGAAGGACUUUGAUAGUGACAAUAUUGCUGGUUUACUUAUUAUAGCCAAGAAUUUACUAUACGAACACGGCGAAGAUUGGAAAUAUGAAAUAGGUGACAAUGAUUUGGUGCAGAUUGUGCAGAUCAAACCCGAAUUCACCUCUACAAGCAAAAAAACAAAAGUCAACAAAUUUAUCGAUUCAUUAGAUUUUGCUUGCGAGUCGUUGAUUAAUCUAUUACAAGAACUAGAUGAUAGUUUGAUCCAAAAGCUAUUUGUUAGCAUCCUAAAGAGCUGGUUGAAUAAAGAUAAAGUUAUUCUUGGUGGAGAUGAGCCUAAUCCAUUCUUGAUGCUUGUUGAUUUACGUUUACUAGAAAGUAUCGGGGAAAAAUUUAAAGAUAAGCUAGCAACCAAUCCGAUCGACAUGUUGCAGUUGGUUGACAGUUUCCUAGGUUCAUCGAAAGCAAUCAGUUCAGAUGAUAGAAUGCAAGAAGUUGAUUCGGACGACGAAGAUGAUGAUAAUGAAGAAGGUGACGACGAGGCUCAGCUGAUAUUGCCUGUGUUAUUACAAUUACUUUCGGCAAUAUUGUCAGAAAAUGAUAUCAUUGUAGAUGACCAGUGUUCAGAAGUGUUAUCCAAUAUAAUGAAAUCUUUAUUAGCUUUAGAAUCGACCAAUGCUGCUGCUGGAGCUCUUCGUACUAGAAUUCAAGAUUUGGUUAGUGGGAACCAUGCAUUGUCUGCGGAUAACGAGCUCGAUAAUCAAAGGCAAAUUCUCAGUCGGGCAAUUACGAGUUUGAAUGAUCCAUUGGUUCCUAUUCGUGCCCAUGGUUUAUAUCUAUUAAGACAAUUGGUAGAAAAGAAAAGCACUGUCACUACUUUGGAUUUCGUAAUCAAUUUGCAUUUAGUGCAAUUAAAAGAUCCUGAGCCGUUUAUAUACCUUAAUGUUAUCAAGGGUCUAGAGAAUUUGCUUGAGUGGGAUAAAGUUGGGGUAUUACAAAAGUUGUGUAAAAUGUACCUGAAUGAUGAUGACGAGGGGGACACAGACUUGGAUGAAAGAGUCAAAAUUGGCGAAGUAUUGUUAAGAUUCAUCAAACAUGAAAAUGAGCUAUUUGGCGGGGAAUCCGCUGAAUUAAUCAUUAAUGCGGUCAUGAAAUUGAUUAGGAAAGUUGGUAAUGAGGAGAGGGACCACAGACUUGAUAUGUCGGCACUUUCUAUACUAGGAGAAUGUGUGACUAGCAACAUAUUUGCUGUUAACAUAAAUGAAGUGCUAGAUUGUUGUAUUGGGGUCUUGGAUUUGGAGAAAAGUUCUAUUAUUCGUAGAGCAGCGAUUGUGGUGAUACACGAUGUAUUGGUAGCUCUAUCUGAAAAAGAGAAUAUUGAAUUCCCAGCCGACUACAGAGACCGAGUUAAAACCGCAUUAGGAUACACAGCCGAGUUUGAUAAGGAUUAUCUAACUAAAGAACAUGCAAAGAAGGUAUUGACUUAUUUCGAAUAA